ACCUGGGUUCACCUUCGACUCUGCCACCGAGUAGCUGAGUGACUUUGGGUGAAUUAUGUAAGCUCAAGACUAUAAGUUCCUCAUCUGGAAAAUAGGGUUAAUAACAUCUGCACAGGCUGUUGUAAGGAUUAAAUUAGACAAAGAUUCUGAAAGCACCUGGACAAAUGCUUAUCAUGAUUCUGGAAGGCAGUGGUGUAAUGAAUCUCAAUCCCAGCAACAGUCUCCUCCACCAGCAGCCGGCCUGGACAGACAGCUACCCCACGUGCAACGUUUCCAGCGGGUUUUUUGGAGGUCAGUGGCAUGAAAUCCAUCCUCAGUACUGGACCAAGUACCAGGUGUGGGAAUGGCUCCAGCACCUCCUGGACACCAACCAGCUGGAUGCCAGCUGCAUCCCUUUCCAGGAGUUUGACAUCGACGGCGAGCAUCUCUGCAGCAUGAGUCUGCAGGAGUUCACCCGGGCGGCAGGGACAGCGGGACAGCUUCUCUACAGCAACUUGCAGCAUCUCAAGUGGAAUGGCCAGUGCAGCAGUGACCUGUUCCAGUCCACACACAAUGUCAUUGUCAAGACCGAACAAGCUGACCCUUCCAUCAUGAACACCUGGAAAGAAGAAAACUAUUUAUAUGACACCAGCUAUGGUAGCACAGUAGAGUUGUUGGACAGCAAAACUUUCUGCCGGGCCCAGAUCUCCAUGACAACCAGCGGUCACCUUCCCAUUGCAGAGUCGCCUGAUAUGAAAAAGCAGCAAGACCAACCAACAAAGUCCCACACCAAAAAGCACAAUCCGAGAGGGACUCACUUAUGGGAAUUCAUCCGCGACAUCCUCCUGAACCCAGACAAGAAUCCAGGGUUAAUCAAAUGGGAAGACCGGUCUGAGGGCAUCUUCAGGUUCUUGAAAUCAGAGGCUGUGGCCCAGCUAUGGGGGAAAAAGAAAAACAACAGCAGCAUGACCUACGAAAAACUCAGCCGAGCCAUGAGAUAUUACUACAAAAGAGAAAUUCUGGAACGUGUGGAUGGACGCAGACUGGUAUAUAAAUUUGGGAAGAAUGCACGCGGAUGGAGGGAAAAUGAAAACUGAAGCUGCUGAUACAUCGAACACAAACCUAAAUACAUCCCCAAUGAUAACCAACCAAGAAGUCCCUGGACAUAAAUACUUCAAAGACUACUUUUCUCUGAUAUUUAUGUACCAUGACGGGGAAAAAAAUACAUCUACUUCUAACAGGAAGAAGGAACAUGACAGUUGAUAGAAUUAUUUUGUUACUUUGAAGUAUGUCCUAUAUGGGGAACAAACGUACACAGUUUUCUGUGAAAUAUGA